AAUCAAACACUAAUCGCCGGACUGACUUGUGUGCAGUAGUGACUCGGUUGAUGAGUCUCUCUCUCUCCUCUCUCUCUCUCUCUUCUCUCUCUUCUCCGAUAUCCAUGAAUACCACCGAGCACCAGCGCUGGUCUCCUCGCCUCCCUCCUCGCCUCCCCCCCAAAAUCUAGGGUUCCUCCUCGAUCCUCGCCGACCCCUCCGCCGCCGCAUUCCGCCGCCGCCGCCGCCGCCUCCGCCGUCCCUCCGCCGUCCCUCCGCCGUCCCUCCGCCGUCCUCGAACCCCUCCCUCCCCGGCGGAGCCCUGCUCCGGCGACGCCGUUCGAGCCCUACCCCCGCCGCCGCCCAUGGCGAAGACCCGACCCGGCCUCAUGGCCAAGCCGAAGCCGGCGAAGAAGGACCUCGACGCCUACACCAUCAAGGGCACCAACAAGGUCGUCCGCGCUAACGAUUGCGUGCUGAUGCGGCCGUCGGACACCGGGACCCCGUACGUGGCGCGGAUCGAGAAGAUCGAGGCCGACGCGCGGAACAACGUGAAGGUGAGGGUGCGGUGGUAUUACCGGCCGGAGGAGUCGAUUGGAGGGAGGAGGCAGUUUCACGGCGCGAAGGAGCUGUUCCUGUCGGAUCACUACGACGUGCAAAGCGCGCACACCAUCGAGGGGAAAUGCAUCGUGCAUUCGUUCAAGAACUAUACGAAGCUCGAGAAUGUCGGAGCGGAGGAUUACUACUGUAGAUUUGAGUAUAAGGCGGCUACUGGGGCGUUUAUACCAGACCGUGUUGCUGUGUACUGCAAGUGUGAGAUGCCGUAUAACCCGGAUGACCUUAUGGUGCAGUGUGAAGGAUGCAAAGACUGGUAUCACCCAGCGUGCGUGGGUAUGACCAUUGAAGAAGCCAAAAAGCUUGAGCACUUUGUCUGCGCUGAAUGUUCUGAUGAUGAGGUCAAACGAGCAGAAAAUGGAUUUUCUUUGUCACCGGCAGCUGAAGUAAAGGUUGACUCCAAGCGUCGGAAGAGAUGAAGGUGAGGUGUCCCCUGGACGUGGCAGUUGCUGCUGGAUAAGGAGCCAUCGCUGUUAUUAUUUGCAGAAAUAGUAACUAGUCGUUGUAUGAUGUGUACAGUGCUGCGUACCAUGGUCUGACGUGACAGUGUUAGUGACUUGCGUGCGUGUCGUAGGAUAUAUGUAUCUGCGCUAGUUUUAGGAGAGUCGUGAUGUAAUCCGUAGUGCGUCCAGGGAGAAUUUGGUUUUGGAGUUGCUCUACUUCCUUUGGAGUCAGACCGUGUGGGGUGGUAAAAACUCUGAAUACCUGGUUUUCCUUCGAAAUGUUUAUUAAGGUUAUGUGAAGCUCUUGUCUUAA